AAAAACAACCCUUUUUAUUGCCACGCCGCGGAUUUAUUGACAAGAUGCCGCCGUUGCCAACGAAUAAUACUCGGCACUGACCUCUUAACACUACACCUCGAAAUAUAUACCGGCGAAAAUAAUUAAAAGUUAAAUAUAAAUAUUUACUACUAGCAUUCAAUAGUGACGUGUACAUUCUGACAUCUUACAGUACAAGAAAACAAAGGUUUGCACCAAUAUGAUUUCGGACGUCCAACUGGCUAUUUUCUCGAAUGUUUUGGGAGUCUUCUUAUUCCUUUUGGUGGUUUUGUAUCAUUACAUCAACGCAAAUUCCAGCAAUAAAUCCGUUUCCAAAAACAAAUAGAUUUAAGUUUUUGUGCACUGUAUUUUAUAGCCAAUAAAGAAAACCUAUUUCAUGAUGUAACGAACAAA